GAGACUUCGACCUUGCAGUCUGAGAAUUACGUUUUUCAUGUUUUUUGGCAGGAUCUGAUUUUUCGAACACUACAUCGUUGUGCAAAAUGGAUAGCAAACUUCAGAAAUGUCAGCAGGAAGCAGAAGAGGUGAAGGAAAUCAUGUUGACCAAUGUCAACAAAGCAGAGGAAAGGAGAGAGAAACUGGAGGACCUCGAUGAAAGGGCUGAAGAGUUGCAUGCCAAGAGCCAGGUAUUCCGGAAGAACACCGUGAAGGUGAAAGAAAAAAAGGAAGCGGAGAACCGGAGGAGUAAGAUGUGGAUUUAUGCCAUUGUGGUGGUUACGUUUUUGAUCAUUGUGAUCAUAAUUAUUGUCAUGCUCACCAGCCAGAGUUCAGGCCAAAGUUCAGGCCCCACAGAAAGCAAACAGGCUAUUACCCCAGGACCGUCUAGCACAAAAAAUCCCUAAUAUCUGUCUCAGAGAUAGGAAUCAGGGAGGAGGAAAUGGACUGUGGCUGACUUAAGGAGAAAGUGAGCAAAUAAGAUCUGUAUCAAGCCUGUCUGAAAUAUUAGCUUAAUUUAAACUUAAUAUCUCAAUCGUUCUUUAUGUUGUUUUUUUUACGUGGAUGUGAAUGAUUCUUAUAUAGUUAGUCAACUGAGGGAACUUCAUCUGGAAGGUUUUGUAAUCAUUUUAUAGAGAGCUGACCCAUAGGUAACUGCCAAAAUAAGGAAAAUUUCAAUAUAAAGCCUCAACAGAGCUCUGGGCCACCUUUAGCUGCUGGAAGAGAACCUGCCUUUGCAAAGUUUCUGCAGGUAAGGUGUUUUGCACAGCCCGAUUGUGGGAUCUCUGUGAUGAUCUCAAUGGACUUUUCUUAAAGAAACUGCCCGCUCAUGACUAAGACUAAUGCUUUCAGUCAGCUGCUUCAGAAUUGCAUGCCUGCUUUGUCUUGCAACUGUAAAUAAUGCAAAGACAUCAAGACUAAAGAGUACACAUUUGACGCUUUUUCCUUUGACUUGCAAAUCGAUAUCUUCUUGUGAAAGAUGAACAAGUUUUAAUGAAAUAUUAACAAGCAUUGUUCACCACUGAAGCUUCUGCCGAAUGUGCUACAACAAGCAGUCCUUUUUCAAAGUCUCUUCUUCCUGCUGGAGCAGCCAAAAUUAUGGGUGACUAGGCCACUACAUCUCAUUUUUACAUGGCCAUAAGCAUGAUAGGAUGCUAACUGUUCAAUUAACUCAGGGAUCACAAUUGUACCGAAGCACCUAUUAUCAGUUUUGUUUGUACCCCUCCUUCAAGCAACUAUUUCCUUUAUUUUGGCAGCUACUUCUUGCAUUCAAGUGCCUAUAUCUCAUCUUCAACUCAGGUCUGUUUUAGACUACAGUGUAAUCACACUUGAAAUGCUUGGUGAAAUAGUUUGAGAAGUUCAACUUAACCUGCUACAGGUUCGGCAUGGAGCAUCAUUUGCCCUAGCCGUACAUGCAGAUUAAAUGUGAGCCACCUUGGUGCCAUGGAUAACACAAAACCAUAAAGUCAUCUCAUAACCUCAUUAGUCCAUUCAUAGUAUACAUCUAUUAUGUAGUAUAGCCCUCUUGUUCUUUAAUCAUAUCUCAAACAAACAUGAGGCAACAGAGAGACUGGUGUAUUCAAACACAACGAUGACCUUUUUGACAUAUUUAUGCUCAUGUGGGACCAUCUCCUAGAAAACUAAAGUAAGAAACGUGAGGUACAUUAUCUUUAUAUGAAUGUUGGUUGGUUUGCAGUGUUGAGGGAAAUAUGGUCUUGUGUGUCACUUUCACUCAGUGAGGCUAUUUGGUUGGGUAAUGGAGAAAUGGUUCCACUCUCUCAUUAGCAUGAUUUCAUCAGCAAGGCUUCACAACAGCUCAAAACAGUCACAUUACAUUCAGAGGAGUAAAGAGUUUAAAUGACAGUAAAUCUUGACGUCCACCCCUGUAUGUAUUUAAUUUAUGCUAUGCUGAAAUUUUUUGAUGCACUGAGAUUCAUAUUCAUGAAAUCAUUAAAAAUUAAAUACACGUAACUAGACAGCUGUUUCUGCAGGCUUCCUAAAUAGAACGGUGUUACAUUGGUUGUCUAACCAUGACCUAGUGAAAGCAUUUACAGUUAAUGGCAAAUCCUCUCUGACAUAAGCUGUAUCCAGUAAACAAGUUUGCUUUGUCAAUAUUGGGAGAUGAACAAGAUAAAACAAAGCUUGUCCCUUUGUGAUGAAUGCACUGGGUGAUGGGAAGAUCUGUUUUAAGGUAAAUUUAGUACUUAUAGCAUUAAUUAAUCUCAAAAUUUCUAUUUUAUUAAUGUGACUCAUGUAUUGUUCUGACAUGUCCUUUGUAUUGCUCUAUAAGUAGAUAAGAACAUAAUCAUUGAACAUGUUCCGUGUCGUACAUCACUCUGUAAAACUUUUUUUUUCAAUUAUGCACCGAUCAUUUAACCAUGUAAUGGUUUCUUCAGUUUGCUACUUCACUGUAAUGAUUUAAUAUUGACAUGGCACUCAUAUGUUGUGAACUAUGUUGUGUUGCAGUACCUUGCA